AUGUGGUGGUCAUUGGAAUACGCAGUAAAUGACUAUGUAAAACAGAUAUUGUUUAAGCCUUCCCUAAAAGUUGAUAUUCUGGAAAUCACUGUGGACAAAAAUGGACGUUUUCUCGUCGCAAAAGGAAACCAAGAUAAUUUGUGUCUAGUCAAUAUUUAUGCUCCCAAUGACCAAAACCAACAAGUUAACUUUUUUGACAAAAUCAUCGAUCCCAUUUGCCGUAGUAGUACUAACAACAUUUUACCAGGUGGUGACUUUAACUGUCCUUUGACAGAGGUCGAUAAAGUAGGUGGUAGGGACAUACUCUAUAACAAAAGGACCAUCCAAGCAAUUCAGGAACUUUGUAACAGCUUUGACUUAGCCGACGUCUGGAGAACUCAACACCCGAAUAAGAAGCAUUAUUCUUGGGCAAAUGGCUCAGGAAAGAUUAAAAUGUCGACUAGAUUUCUGGCUAAUUUCAAAACAAUUACUAGCACGCGUUACUGA